GUCAGGACCCUCCGAGGGGGCCUAUCCAUCGGUUAUCUGGCUCCGCAGCCAAUAGGAAGCGGGCGGGGGCGGAGCCUGGAGACAUCGUUUGUACCCCCAGGCCACUAUAAAUACAUCUGCUCUUGUUUGGUUGAGCAUCAGCAACUUGUUCUUUCAGUCUAGAAAGCAACUAUCUGAACGUCAACAUGAGUCUCUCAUCUAAGCAAAAGGCCACAGUCAAGGAUUUCUUCAGCAAGAUGUCCACCCGGUCCGAUGAUAUCGGAGCUGAGGCUCUGUCCAGGUUGGUGGCUGUGUACCCCCAGACCAAGUCCUAUUUCUCUCACUGGAAGGACGCGAGCCCCGGCUCUGCCCCCGUCAGGAAGCAUGGCAUCACCAUCAUGGGUGGAGUGUACGAUGCCGUCGGCAAGAUCGACGACCUGAAGGGAGGACUCCUCAGCCUUAGCGAGCUGCACGCGUUCAUGCUGAGAGUUGACCCCGUCAACUUCAAGCUCCUGGCUCACUGCAUGCUGGUGUGCAUGUCCAUGAUCUUCCCCGAGGAGUUCACCCCUCAGGUCCAUGUGGCCGUCGACAAAUUCCUGGCCCAGCUGGCCCUGGCUCUUGCCGAGAAGUACCGUUAAGGAGCUGUCAGUGACUCGCAUCAAUCAUGAAGACUCCCGCCAUCAUUGAUGCAUGUGGUCCGUUUCAAUGGUCAAUAAAAACAAACGAACAAAAAAAUA